GGGCAUUUCUUUCACACAUCUUCCUCUUCCUCCGUUGCUAGCAGGCAUUCCUCUGCACACAUUUCUUUUCCUCCGUCGGGGAAGAGCGAAGGGUCAGCAACCCACACAGAUACCCGCGGCAGCUCACGCAGAUACCGGCGACAACCGACGAAGCUGCCGGUGACAAGGACAGAUGUCUCUGCUGGAAGUUAUCACCAAGGCAUUGGCCGAGAAAAACCAUACUGAAGGUGACCUCAAAUACCCAAUCGUCCUGAACCCUGACCCAGCCCUCUUAGAACUGAAACCCCAAGACCAAGACACAAAGAAUGACUUGCCAGUUAAAGGAGCUAACGGGUGGAAUUUCUCCAAAAUCGACACUGAAAUCAUUGAGCUAGGGCAAAGCUUCUUCAAAAAACUGAAGAGGAAGCUUAAAAACCCAACCGCGUUCAAUCAGGAUGAAUUUUUGAAGAUUCUGGGUUCAUAUCUCGUGAAUAUUGCAGGGAAAUUAGGCAUUGCAAAUAAUAUUAUCGAGUCUGAUAAAGGUUAUGUUGGUAAAUUAGUUGGAAAAUCCGGGCUUUUCAUGGGCAGGGAUGUGAAGGGGCUAGUUUUGGAGGCUUGUAUUCUGCUAGAGUGUUGGGAGGUUUUAGAGAGUUUGAUUGUUAACAGGCUUGUGGAGCACCCUCACUUUUCAAGCUUAAUUAGUAAUUUGAUUAAAAAGAAUAGGUCAGACUUGAUUGUUUUGUGCAUGAAGCAUCUUUCUGAUCUCCAGGCUUCUGAUGUUAUGAGCAUUUUGAAGUACUUUCUUUCACUCCCUAUAAAUGGGCACACUAAUAUUCUCAAUGUCAGGAAAGAAUGGGAAAGCCAGGCAUUGCUGGCCAUACAACAGUUGAAAGAGUGUGAUGGCCAAGCACUCUUGGCAAUUGAGAAGGUGAAGGAUAAAAUCCUCAGGAAGCGAUUGACACUGAUAAGGGAUGCUUCGCUAUUAUUAAUGAUAGCAUAUGAUGGGUUUUCUGUCACAGAGUUGUGUUUGCAUUAUCUGAUAUCGUCACGGAACUAUGAUGAAGUGAUAUUGGCUGCUUGUUUCAGUAGUUUAAAUGGCUCAGAGAUUAUGUGUUUGGUUAGGUACUUGGGAAAGUGGCUGAAGAAGUAUGAAAAAUUUCCUUAUGUGAGUCCUUGUCCGGAGGCUUCCUCUGUUUUAGGUUUGACAGUUUGCGAGUGGAUUCCCAGGGUUGAAGAUAUUGUCAUAUGCCUCGGCUUGGUACUUGAUGAACACUUUUCUACUCUGGUCCUCCAUCCAGAGUUCCAUGAGGAAUUGAAGUCUAUAAACGAAACCGUGAGCUCGUUAGCUGCAGAGGCCAGAUUUUGUGCUAUGUUGUCAAAUUUAACUCAUGCUUUGAGAGGAAAUGCAAAGAUUUGAGAAUGCAAAGGGACACUCCUAAUUACGGGAUGGAAUAAGGAUGCUAAUCUGGACACCGGGACUGAAGCAACUGAAUUUGAGGAUAAGGACAUUUCAUCUCCAAAUGAUGUCGUUGUUGUGACACGAACGCGGCUGUCCAAAACUCUGAAAUCUUUAUGAUCUCUAUAUGUAUUCUAUCUAGUCUGAUUGAUUUUUGGAUGGAACAAGUUUGUCCAACUCAAUUCUUAUGAUAGUGCUUUGUUGGAGCUACUUCUCUCUUACACCUUUUUUUAAUUUAUAAAACACAUUUGACAGUUAUUUCUUCAACCUAGAAAUGUAAUAGAAUAGGAAUAUCUUCAUCUUGUUGUGUGUGUGAAACCAUGUGCCUGUUUGGUGGCCUCUCAAGGUAUCAUUUUGUUAAUGUGUUUAUUGCUUUAUCUAUAUACUUUCCAAAUGAGAUUACUUGUUAAAGAUUGCAUAUUGUUUACCAUGUUUGAUUAAAAUUACUCUGUAUUA